CGAGACUUCGAGUUUGAUUCUCGUUACUGAGACGUCUCGUACCUCUUUAUUUCUCAUUCCUUAAUUUCCUUUACAGAUAGAGUUACACAUAAAAAUAUAAAAUGAAUUCAACCAUAAGCUUACAGUAAAAGUCGACAGGCAUUGCCAUUUAAAGGGCGGGAAAUUGUGGUUUCCAUUUACAUUGAUCUUGCGGAGAACCAAGACAUGAGCUCUUCCGUUGGCAUAAGUUAAAGUCCGGCUACAGACAACUGCGAGAUCCUAGGCCAAGAAGAACAAAGGUGAACAGUGCAAGAAAGAAGGAGCUGAGGAAAUGGCAGAGGAGAAGAAAGUGGUGAUUCCUAGGGUGAAACUUGGGACUCAGGGACUAGAGGUAUCAAAGCUUGCGUUUGGAUGUAGGGGCCUGUCCAUUGUCUCCCAUCUUUCCAAGGAGGAGGGAAUCGCCAUAAUUAAGGACGCCUAUAACAAGGGCAUCACCUUCUUGGAUACAGCCGAUGUUUAUGGAGCCAACGCCAAUGAAGUCCUUGUCGGAGAGGCCUUAAAGCAACUGCCGAGAGAGAAGGUUCAGUUAGCUACAAAGUUCGGGAUUGUGAGUUUUGAUGCUUCGAAGAUGGUGGUCAAGGGCACUCCUGAGUAUGUCCGCUCAUGUUGUGAGGCAAGCUUGAGGCGUCUUGACGUGGACUACAUCGAUCUGUAUUAUCAGCACCGAGUAGAUACAUUAGUUCCCAUAGAGGAAACCAUGGAAGAACUUCAGAAACUGGUGGAAGAGGGGAAAAUAAAGUAUAUUGGUCUAUCUGAAGCAAGCCCUGAUACUAUCAGGAGGGCACAUGCGGUUUAUCCGAUUACAGCUGUUCAAAUGGAGUGGUCCCUCUGGAGUCAUGAUACCGAAGAUGAUAUAGUCCCCCUAUGCAGGGAGCUCGGCAUCGGAAUAGUCGCCUACAGUCCUCUUGGUCGUGGCUUUUUCGGGGGCAAAGCUAUUGUCGAAAGUUUACCUCAAGAUUCUUUGCUGGCCAAGCACCCUAGAUUCCGGAAGGAGAAUCUCAACAAGAACAAGAAGAUCUAUCUUCGAAUGGAGAACCUUGCAAAGAAGCAUGGCUGUACUCCAGCACAGCUGGCACUAGCUUGGGUUCUUGAACAAGGAGAUGGUGUUGUGCCCGUUUUCGGGACAACUAAGAUAAAGAACCUGGACGACAGUAUUAGUUCUUUGAGGUUGAAAUUGACGAAAGAGCAGAUAAAAGAGAUUUCUGAUGCUGUGCCUCUCAGUGAGGUGGCUGGUGACAGAUCCUACGAGUUUGGGGCUCAAGCAACAUGGAAAUAUGCUGACACUCCCCCAAAAGCUUAUGUAUAAAACAUACAAAAUGUCCAGAGAGAUUUCAGACCGAGGUAUAUCGGAUCAUGGAACAAGCAAUGUUAUUUCACCUAUGCUGUACUAGGGCUGCUAAACUCUGAAUUUGAUUGCUACUUUGCAACCAAUACCCAUCUAUAACCCGCUUUCCAUUUGCUGAGUUUCUUUGCCAUGAAUAUUUCUUCAACAAGUGGGGCUUGACAUCUUGAAUCUUCAUAACAGGAUACCAGAAUACCAGGACACUUCCGAAUUUGUGUAGUCAA